AGAGAUGCUGCGGAGGAGGAAGGACUUCCGGCCCUCCUGGACCCUCAGGCAGUCGGAGCCCAUCGCUGGGAACUAUUACCCCAUCAACUCCCGUGCUUUCAUCAAGGAUGAAGAGGACCAGCUCACUGUGGUGACGGAUCGCUCUCAGGGAGGAGGCAGCAUCCACAAUGGCUCUCUGGAGAUCAUGCUGCACCGCCGCCUGCUGUACGAUGACGUCCGCGGCGUGGCCGAGCCUCUGAACGAGACGUCGGACAUCUUCCCCGAGGGCCUGGUGGUGCGGGGGGGCAUCCUUCUGUCCCUGCAGCCCCCCCCCCGCGCUGCGGACGCUCACAGACCCCUCGCCCAGCAGGUGGUCCUGCAGCCGCUCCUCAGCUUCACCGAGGGGGAGCUGCACCCUGACACCCGCCUGGAGUUCUCGGGGCUCCAGGCUGCACUGCCCCCUGCUGUUCACCUCCUCACUCUGACUCAGUGGGACGAGGACUCUCUGCUGCUCAGACUGGAGCAUCAGUUCCAGACAGGAGAGAGCAAAGUGAACUCAGAGCCUGUGACCGUCAACCUGCAGAAGAUGUUUUCCACUCUGAAGCUGCUGGGCGUGUCCGAAAUGAACCUGUCAGCCAAUCAGUGGAAAGACGAGAUGAAGCGCUUUGAUUGGACGCCACAGACAGGUGAGAAGCCGCUGCUGAAGGAGUUCCAGGAGCGCUCCGUAUGGGAGGUGACUCUGAGGCCGAUGGAGAUCCGGACCUUCCUGCUCCGGGUCAGAUAGACUUUAAGGAGUGAUUCACUUUCAAUCAAUAUGAGAUUCCCGUGGCCUCUCGCUUGUGUUUGAAUCAAGCGAGCAAAGACUUUUUACACCAGUCAGAAAUAUAUGGAAAUGGAAAUGUACAAAGAAUUGCCGAUUUUAAACUGGAAAACAGUGAAAAGAUUUGUGUCAAACCCGACCUGGGAUGGGCUCCAGGAACAGGUGAAGAUUAGGGGUCUUUCUCGACUUUUACAAAGAUAUAAAGCAGAUUUUGAAGAGAUUGAUAUCCAGCUGGGAUUUUGACCUCAAAAAGCCCCUUCCCCACUGAAUGAACGAACACGUGACUCCUUUCAGAGACUCAGUAUAUGCUCAGAAUUGACUGAAGCUGCCUUUCGUACUGCACAAAUGGACAUCACUAAAUCCAUCGGGAAAAUGCAUUUUUUGUAGAUUCUUUUAAGCACACACUCUACCAAUCACUCAGAUCCUUAAAGACAUGUUCAGUGGUGCCUACAUUCUGCCUCACGAGUGCCAAUCAUUGUAAAUAAUUUGAACAUGAUUUUGUACUGAUCCUAAAGCAGCUGAUAAUAAAAUGUGUUAAUCUUA